AUGUCCGGAAAGCUCGACCAGUCUCUUGACGAGAUUCUCUCGACCACGCGUUCCACUCGUGGCGGCCGCCGACAACCUCAACGCCGCGCCGCUAGACAAACCACCACCGCUGCUCCCGUUGGUGGUGUUCGCAAGACAUCGAAGCAGACCCGUGGUGCUGCCACCAAGCUGACUCCCGGUAGAGCCGCUGGUGGUCACGGAGAGAGCAAGGUUGUUGUCAGCAACCUGCCCAAGGAUGUGAACGAAGGCCAGAUUAAGGAGUACUUCACCACUUCAGUUGGACCGAUCAAGCGAGUGGAGCUUUCUUACGGCCCGGGUGGUGUCAGCCGUGGCAUCGCUACCGUCAUCUUCUUCAAGCCUGAUGGUGCAAGCAAGGCUUUCAAGGCGUUGGAUGGUCUUCUCGUCGACAACCGACCUGUCAAGAUCGAAAUCGUCGUCAGCGCCGACAAGGCCGCUUCAAUCAUUCCGGCUGCCAAGACUCUUACUGAGCGCAUCAGCCAGCCUAAGGCCCAACCGAAGUCUGCCGCAAACGACAAGAAGAAGGAAGCUGCUAAGUCCAGCGGCUCUGGCACUCGCGGACGCAACAAGAGAAAGCCUCGCACUGGUCGUCCGGCCAAGAAGACCGCCGAGGAGCUAGACUCCGAGAUGGCCGACUACUUCGAGUCCGGAAACCAGAACGAGAACACUGGUGGUGCUCCUGCUGCCACCAAUGGUGACGCCCCAAUGGAGGAUGAGAUGCUAUGA